AUGUCUGAAGUAGCCACCGAGACUUUCCCCAGCCCUUCGGCUCAGCUGAGCCCUGAUGCAUCCCUUGAUGGGCUCCCGGCUGAGGAGAACAUGCCGGGGCCUCACAGAGAGGACAGCAGGGUCUCAGGGGUGGCAGGCCUGGCCGCGACCUGCUGUGUGUGCCUGGAGGCAGAGCGACUGAAGGGCUGCCUCAACUCCGAGAAGAUCUGCAUUGCCCCUAUCCUGGCUUGCCUGCUCAGCCUCUGCCUCUGCAUUGCUGGCCUCAAGUGGGUCUUUGUGGACAAGAUUUUUGAGUAUGACUCUCCUACACACCUUGACCCUGGGAGGAUAGGACAAGACCCAAGGAGCACUGUGGAUCCUACAGCUCUGUCUGCCUGGGUGCCUUCGGAGGUGUAUGCCUCACGCUUCCCCAUACCUAGCCUUGAAAGCAAGGCUGAAGUGACAGUGCAAACUGACAGCUCGCUCGUGCCCUCCAGACCCUUCCUUCAGCCUUCUCUCUACAACCGCAUCCUAGAUGUUGGGUUGUGGUCCUCUGCUGCACCGUCACUGUCACCAUCCUCCCCGGAGCCUACCAAGGCAUCUCAGGCACAAGCAACAGAAACCAAUCUCCAAACUGCUCCAAAACUUUCCACUUCCACGUCUACAACCGGGACAAGUCAUCUCACAAAAUGUGACAUAAAGCAGAAAGCCUUCUGUGUAAAUGGGGGAGAGUGUUACAUGGUCAAAGACCUCCCAAACCCUCCACGAUACCUAUGCAGGUGCCAACCUGGAUUCACUGGAGCAAGAUGUACUGAAACUCUGCCCAUGAAAAUCCAAAACCAAGAAAAGCAUCUUGGGAUUGAAUUUAUGGAAGCUGAGGAACUGUACCAGAAACGGGUGCUGACCAUAACUGGCAUUUGCAUUGCUCUUCUAGUAGUUGGCAUCAUGUGUGUGGUGGCCUACUGCAAAACCAAGAAGCAGAGGAAAAAGUUGCAUGACCGCCUUCGGCAGAGCCUUCGCUCAGAGAGGAACAAUGUGAUGAACAUGGCGAAUGGGCCUCACCACCCCAACCCACCACCAGACAAUGUCCAGCUAGUGAAUCAGUAUGUUUCAAAAAACAUAAUCUCCAGUGAACGAGUCAUUGAGCGAGAAACAGAGACCUCGUUUUCCACAAGCCACUACACCUCAACAACACAUCACUCCACGACAGUCACCCAGACGCCUAGCCACAGCUGGAGUAACGGCCAUACUGAAAGCAUUCUCUCCGAAAGCCACUCCGUGCUCGUCAGCUCCUCAGUAGAAAAUAGCAGGCACACCAGCCCAACAGGGCCACGAGGCCGCCUCAAUGGCAUUGGUGGGCCACGGGAAGGCAACAGCUUCCUCCGGCAUGCAAGAGAGACCCCUGACUCCUACCGAGACUCUCCUCACAGUGAAAGGUAUGUCUCAGCUAUGACCACACCAGCUCGCAUGUCACCUGUUGAUUUCCACACUCCAACUUCUCCCAAGUCCCCUCCAUCUGAAAUGUCACCACCAGUUUCCAGCUUGACCAUCUCCAUCCCUUCGGUGGCGGUGAGUCCCUUCAUGGACGAGGAGAGACCGCUGCUGUUGGUGACCCCACCGCGGCUGCGUGAGAAGUACGACAACCACCUUCAGCAGUUCAACUCCUUCCACAACGAUCCCACCCAUGAGAGCAACAGUCUGCCACCCAGUCCUCUGAGGAUAGUGGAGGAUGAGGAGUAUGAGACCACACAAGAGUAUGAACCAGCACAGGAGCCUCCAAAGAAACUCACCAACAGCCGGAGGGUGAAAAGAACAAAGCCCAAUGGCCAUAUUUCCAGCAGGGUAGAAGCGGACUCCGACACAAGCUCUCAGAGCACUAGCUCUGAGAGCGAAACAGAGGAUGAAAGAAUAGGUGAGGAUACACCAUUUCUUAGCAUACAAAAUCCCAUGGCAACCAGUCUGGAGCCAGCCGCUGCAUAUCGGCUGGCUGAGAGCAGGACUAACCCAGCAAAUCGCUUCUCCACACCAGAAGAGUUGCAAGCAAGGUUGUCCAGUGUAAUAGCUAACCAAGACCCUAUUGCUGUAUAAGACAUAAACAAAACACAUAGAUUCACAUGUAAAACUUUA